AUUUUGUUUAGUAAUGUCUUGAGUUACGAUUCGUAGUUUGAGGACGUCAGAUGGUGGAUUGGGGUGACCUGGGUGGUAGGAAGCUGUUCGUGUCGUCUGCUAAUGACGAGGGUAACUUAUAUAUGUUUUUGCUAAAUGUGCUCAUUGGCGAUUGUAUGGAUAUGUCGUGGUUAUCAAGAAACAGAACUGCGUGCGACGUGAUAAACGGAAGCUGAUUAUGGAGACCUUGUAAGGCAUUGACAGACCCUGAUAAUGUGGAGUAACUAACCGUCAGGAACACCCAGCCUGCUAGUUACAGUAGCUGAUGAACAUCUGGCUCCACUGGCUUGUGUUGUAGAAUUAGUUCGCAUUGUGUGGUAUCCGGAUUUUAUGUUCAUGUGGCAUAGUUUGUCAAACCUCUGCUGCAAACUAACUUGUUAGAAUUCCAGCCGAACCAUGAGCUCACGGGUUGUUGCAGGGUUAUGUGUACAUUACCCCAAUCUUGGUAAUAUAACUAUGAAAAGAGUGCCAUUGGGCUUACAGAGGAAAAUGUGUAUUGGAUCGACUCAACAGAACCUCAAGCCCCUUCACUGCACAGCACAGCGUUUACAUUUGUUGGAAUACCAUGCCUUCGGAGGACCACGAAAGGGACAGCUCGUAAAUGGGAAAAGAUUCCGUUUACUGAGGGCACCUGUUGCACGUCCUCCGCUUAGUCAUAAUUGUUCAGGGGCUUCGUCCGCUCUCUCAUUCUGCAAAUGUAGGGUUUUGGCUCUGCCUCAAUAUUUGUGGACUAGCUCCGGGAACCGGCUAAACACACAGUGCAGUUAUAGCACAUCGGCCGGUCCGGACCAAGCGGCACAGCCUGGAGAGGACACCAAAAAGAAUCCAACAGCUGACCCAAAUAAUAAAUUAACCCGGAUACCAUCCGAAGACGUCAAAAGGCUUUUACAGCUGGCUUACCCGGAGCGCUGGCGACUAACAGUGGCUGUGGGGUGCCUGGUGCUGUCGAGUGGGGUCACCAUGUCGGCUCCCUUCUUCCUGGGCCGAGUGAUUGACACCAUCUACAUGAACACUGCCGCAGACUUCACCUCAUCCCUCACCUCCUUGUGCACUAUGCUGUGCGGGGUUUUCCUCUGUGGUGCUGCCGCCAACUCCGCACGGGUCUACCUCAUGCAGAGCUCAGGGCAACAGAUUGUGAGAAACUUACGCGAAUCCCUUUUUUCCUCAAUUUUGAGGCAGGAGGUGGGUUUCUUCGACAAGACGCGCACCGGCGAGCUCAUUAACCGCUUGUCUGCGGACACGGCGCUUAUCGGGCGCUCGCUCACGGACAACCUUUCUGACGGCCUCCGUGCCGUCGCCCAGGCAACGGCUGGAAUCGGAAUGAUGUUUUACGUGUCCCCGAGUCUAGCUGCAUUUGUGCUGAUGAUCGUGCCUCCCAUAGCUGGCCUGGCUGUGGUCUACGGACGAUACCUGCGCUCCAUAUCCAGGAGGAUGCAGGACUCCCUGGCAGAGUCCACACAGUUGGCAGAGGAGCGGAUCAGCAAUCUGAGGACGGUGCGUGCGUUUGGAAAGGAGCUGUCGGAGGUGGAGAAGUACGUGGAGAAAGUGAACCACGUCCUCGUGCUGGCCAGGAAAGAGGCAGUGCUUCGGGCGGGGUUCUUCGGAGCGACGGGGUUGAGCGGAAACCUGAUCGUCCUGGCGGUGUUGUAUAAGGGCGGGCUCCUAAUGGGCAGUGAGCACAUGACUGUGGGAGAGCUCUCCUCCUUCCUCAUGUACGCCUUCUGGGUGGGAGUCAGCAUCUCAGGAAUGAGCUCGUUUUACUCGGAGCUGAUGAAAGGGUUUGGAGCAGGGACGCGACUGUGGGAGCUGCUGGACCGGAAGCCGGAGUUUCCCUUAAACGAGGGCAUUGAGCUUCGGCCGGGCCAGCUGAAGGGUGAGCUGGAGUUUCGGAAUGUGUCCUUCGCCUACCCGACCCGCAAGGACGCGCCCAUCCUUCAGGACCUGAGCCUGCACAUUCCGGCAGGAUCCGUGCUGGCGGUGGUGGGGCCCAGCGGGUCCGGAAAGUCCACCCUGGUGUCCCUGCUGCUCCGGCUGUACGACCCAGAUACAGGCUUCAUCACCAUCGACGGCCAUGACGUGCGUGAGCUGAACCCGUACUGGUUGCGAAGUCACAUCGGCACAGUCAGUCAGGAGCCUGUACUGUUCUCCUGCUCCGUGGCGGAGAACAUCGCGUACGGAGCUAUGGACCCCAGUCAGGUGACCGUGCAGGACGUUCAUCGGGCGGCACACAUGGCCAAUGCCUACAACUUCGUCCAGGACUUCCCCCAGGGCUUCCACACACUGGUGGGGGAGAAGGGGAUACUGCUGUCAGGUGGUCAGAAGCAGAGAAUUGCCAUCGCCCGUGCACUACUGAAGAAUCCCAAGAUCCUCCUGUUGGAUGAGGCCACGAGCGCUCUGGAUGCAGAGAACGAGUUCCUGGUCCAGGAGGCCCUGGAGAGGCUGAUGCAGGGGCGGACGGUGCUGAUCAUCGCCCACCGCCUCUCCACCAUCCAGAACGCCGACGCGGUGGCGGUGCUGGACCAGCGGCGGGUGGUGGAGUGCGGCCGGCACGCCGAGCUGCUGGGGAACCGCCACGGACUGUUCCGGAAGCUCAUGGAGAAGCAGGCCUUCCUGCAGGCCGACCGCAAGCAGGUCCUGUGCGAGUAGAAACGGGGGUGGAGAGCCCCCCUCCCCCCCGAGGCAGGAGUGCCUCUGUGCUGAUACUCUGUCUGAAACAGCUGUGUUCGAGCAGAUAUUUUCAAUAGCACACUGUUGGGGGUGGGGGGUUCCAUUGCUGCCUGUUUAAGGGCCUGUUUCGGCUGAGCAGGUACAACGUCCCCCCCCAACUGCAGCCACAGAGAGUGGCAGCAACACACACAUCCGUUGUCCUUCAUGAGGGCUGGACGGAACCGCAGUCCAACCUACGAUACUUCAAACAACAGUCCACACACUGCAAGUCUCCCGAUUUAAUCAUUGAAUGCACCAAAGUGAGUCACGUUUUAGACCCUUCAUCAGACUAGUGGUGAGCCUCAUUGGAGGGUAGAGGAUGGGACAGCACCAGCGUGCAUAUUCUCUGUCCCGGGGCCUCUGGGAUAGACCUGUGAUGAAGUACUAACCUUUUUAAUUCACUGCACGGGUUCAUAAUACAGGAUCAAAAGCUUGAAGGGUUUUUCAAAGUGCCGAUUUGGCACCACAAACAAAGUUGAGGCAUAAACAAAUUCACUGGUUCUGUAGGAUUGCCAGCAGUGUUGUCCACUGAUGUCCAUGUGAUGGCCUGGAAACUUGAUCAGACAAUCGUUUUGCUUCUCCACUCAACAUUAGAAAGCACAGUCACUGGAGAAUUACCACCUCACCUGGACAUUCAUAAAUGAUUUAAAAAAAUUAUAAUAAUAAAGUUAAAGAUUGCAUUGGUCCCAAGUAUUACAUUUACAGUAUUCUGGGACAGUUACGUGACUAACUUCAGUUACUUCUGACACAUAUUCACUUGAAAUGAUUAACCAAUUGUGGUCAGUCAAAAUGUAUUCAUGAGUGCAGAGCCUAUUGCAAAUGAUGCACUGUUUCAUGCAGAGCCCAUUACCCACAAUGCACUGUCCAGGACACUGGCACUUUAUGGUAAUAUCAUAAUGAUUAUAUCAAGUAUGUGGAUAUUUACGGUCUGACUACCAAUACUGUGAGCAAAACCAUAAAACGUGUCUAUAUUCAAGCCACAGAACACAUAACCUUACUUGUGUUAAGGUUACUUUUUUAAAGAUUUUAUGGAAAAGAGACAGGGUAACGUACAUAUAAAGUAUGUGCCUUUUAUUUAAGAAAAUUAGAGUAGUGCUGUAAUCAUGUUUAUAGUUUUAUUCUUACAAUAUAUUGUAUAACUGAUAUCCCAUGUACUGCAAUGUUAAGAAUAACAUUUUGUAUGAUUGGAAUAGCAUAUCUUUCUUCAGAUUCCUUAUUUUCUGUUAUUGUAAUAACUGCUACACUUUAAACAGUACUUCAAGAAAUGUGCUGAGCCUGAUUUAUGUCACUCCAAGAGCUCAGAUUUUGUCCCAUAUAACAUUGGUUUGUCACAUUUAUGCAUAUUUUAACAUGGUUCUUAAAAAUCUAAUCAAAAUUAAUCACUGGUAUAGCAAAAAUACACUACAAAGAGCACUCAUUUGAACUAUUUUUUGAAAAGCUAUACACUCCAAAACCAACAUGUUAUUACUGGAAAUUCUCACUCAUAUUACCUUAACUCACCCUUUAAAAAGGACAGAUGAGGGACUGGAGUGAACUUGUGUGUUGGCUAAUGGGCUGACACACACAGGGCAUGAGCAUGUGUAAUAAUGAUAUCGCUGAUGGUGCUCCUGCCUACUAUGAUAAAGGAUGAUGAUGUCAUGCUUUCAGAGCCAGGGAGAUGUUUAUAGUAUAUGAGUUUAACAGACUGGGGUCUAUGAUGGUGGAAACCACAAAUUAAAUGUCACAAAUGCUGGAGCACCGAAUCACAGAUUCAUUUGUUUAAUCAGCGUUCAACUUAACUAAAAAAAUAAUAUGCCUGUUCUUUCAUAAAUAUUCAUAACAAUCAGAACCUGAUAACUCAGCAUAAUUGGUGAUAAUUCAAUUAUGUUAACUACUGUCUGUUGUAGCAGAACUGUUGCUGUAUCUUGGUGUAGUGAAUGGUACAGUGUUUUAUGUUUUGAUACAGUAAUCUGCUAUUUUGACACAAUCUGGUAAGGUACAGAAUGCUGGAAUAUGUAUUUAUUGAUUCGGUAUAUGCCUCCCUCUCUUCUUGUUUCACCAUGGUGUACUUUUAAUUUCUCUCAUUUCUAAUUGUUGUGCUGUUGCUACAAUUUUUCCAUUAAAAUGAGUUAAUAUA